AUGAGCAGUUUUCUAGAGAUUGUUGGCACUCGUCCAUCCGAUGAUGAGAUAUGGUCAGGGGCUCUAAAGAAAGGUUUCAAAGUGAUCGUCUAUUAUCGAAAUAUUGCAAAUUUCACUUCCCUUGUAGUUACGAGAAUGAAUGCCAUUAAAGAAAAAGAUCCACUGAGGCACUAUGAUCUAACUAGCAGGUUGAAAUAUGGGUUUGGCCAUCAGGACUAUCCGAUAACUGAUGGUGAAACGGUUAAAAAUUCGGAAGAAUGGACAGACAAUGGAUUACAUGCUUCGCUAGGAUUAUUUUGGAUGGUGGAAUUGGGAUAA